GUAACUUCCCUUUAUUUUGCAACAUUUUUCACUUCUGAAUUUGAGAAUAAGCACCCUUCAUACAGGCGAGUGAAAACAUUCAGUUUAAGACAUUCAACGAUUUCCUUACAAGAUGGGGUUUAUCCUCAUGUCGACACUGCAGUUCACUGUUUUGCUUUUGCUGGUGGCUCUUUCUGAGUCGAAAACAUGUGAUGGUGUGAGGGGUUAUCCUGGAAGACCUGGUAUUCCAGGAGCCCAUGGUGCCGAUGGAAGGGACGGGCCAAAAGGGGAAAAAGGAGAUAGAGGUGAAGAUGGUGUCCCGGUCAGUGGGCCAAAAGGAGAGCCUGGACUUGCUGGAUUACCAGGCAGGCCUGGCCCGUCCGGUGAUAAGGGGAUUCAAGGAAACCCAGGACGUCCGGGCCCGAAGGGAGAAAGGGUGGUUUUUACAGGCAAAAACAUUGUUCAACAACAUGAAGUUUUCUCUUAUAAAAGACGUACUUCUCAAGCUCGGUUUAUUCCCGACACAGAAAUAAACUUUGAUAUCCCAUUGAUCCAAAUUGAUGAUGAUCCUAUCCUUAAUGGUAUCUUCAAUGUACAAAUAGCUGGCAUGUAUUAUAUCAGCUACCAUGUAUCCUCUAGGAAUUCCUGUCUAAAAAUUCAGGUGGGGGAGCUAGAGAAGGUCAAGUUUUGUGAUGAACCUGAUGCUAUAUCGGUGUCCUCAGGUUCUGUGGUAUUGCCACUAAACAAAGGAGACAAGGUGUCUGUACAGACUACAGAUCAUAGCCAAAUCUUUUGUAAAGACACAGACUGUAUCUUUACAGGUUUCUUACUCUUCCCAAUGUAAGAGUAAUACAAAAGAAUAGGUAACAGUUCAGUAUAGGGGGUAAUUCUCACUAUUAAGUAGUUGUUAUUAACAUGCCUAUUAUUGGUCAUUAUAUCCCUGAUCCUACCCAAUCCCUAAACCUUAUAACUAUACUUACUAACUAUUAAUAAGCCACAAAUCAAGAGUUAUUUUAAGGGAAAAAGUCAUAGUUAAUGGUUCAUGUUUUAUUUGUGAAACAUUGCUUGGGAAUUUAUAGGAAUCAGAUGUAAUGUGUUGAUUAAAGCUUAACAAAGUU